CAGUUUCUCUUGCUAGACCAGUUAGUUUUGAAAGCACUGAUGAAGAGUGACAGGAGGACAAAGAAAGAGGGAGGGACACGAAGAGAGUCUCGAAGCCAUACUGGAGCAGAGAGAAAAAGUGAGGAUGGCUACUUGAGGACGAUUGAUGCAGUGAAACUCAGCAUCAUGAGCAACAGAGAAAGUGAUACCAUGCUACCCAGGUAAAGAUAAUCUGAAUGCUCAGGGAAUGGAUGGCGGGAUGGAGAAACAGAAGGAGGCAGAAAAAGAUAAAGAAAGUGAUUCUGUGCAUGGGGUUCAGAGACAAAGUGCAGAUGCACCAGUCAGACACCAGAAGGCAGCAGACGAACAUAAAUACCACACUCUGGGUUAUCAGAAAAAGAAGCAGAAGGGGCGUCUAGUCGCUACAUUUGGUAAGGGAUCUGCAAACACAAACUCUAGAGGCGCUCCAAUUCAGGUGCUGUUCAAGCAGGGAUCACCUGAAAAGACUCCCAUGCAGGAGGAGCGAGCCAGUGUUGGUGAAGGCCAGUCACAGGCGGAGGUGUUUAAACAAACUCUGCAGACGUUUGCCAUGCAUAAUGAGCUCAACUGGUGGGGAGAAGGAGACAAAGCUGUUGUCUUGGAGAAGAGCUGGACUGAUAUAGUGCACUCUCACAAGUCAAUGCCCAAAACCCAGAGGUACCAGCAGGAGGCACUAUGGGAACUCAUCCACACUGAGUUCAUUUACAUAAACAAACUCACCAUCGUCACUGAUCUUGUUCUUGCUGCACUGGAGCAUGUUCACCGACAGGGAUUUCUCCAUGAGGUUACCUCUGUCCAGCUCUUUUCUAACAUGCCGUCCAUCCGUGAUGCCCAUAGGUGUUUCUGGCAGGAAGUAAUGUACCCCAUGUUGCAGAAUGCCAGAUUGACUGGCCAACCUUUUGACCCUUUAAAGCUUGAGCCAGGAUGUUUACAGUUUGCUGAGCGUUUCUCUGCAUAUCUGGAUUAUUGUUGGGAAGAGGAGAGAAAUAUGGAAUUCACACGCAGACAGAUGGAAAUAAACCAACACUUUAACAUUUUUCUUACGUGGGUGGAGACUCAUCCCCAGUGUGGAAGAAUGCGACUGGGCGACAUGCAGGCAAAGCCCCACCAGAGGAUCACAAAGUACCCCCUGCUUUUAAAGUCUAUCCUGAAGGCAACACAGGACCAAUAUACACAGCAAACACUCAACCGCAUGAUAAACAGUGUCAGUCAGUUUCUGGACAGCAUCAAUGAUUACUUGCUGUUUAAGGAUGAUGAGUUGGCACUCUUUGCCCUGUCUCAAAAGAUAGAGGGAUAUGAAUUACAGGGGAUGAGUGAAGAAAUAGACAAGUACAUGCAGGAGUUCUGUUGCUUCGAUUUAACUAGCCCUAUACGGGGCACGGAACCCAAAGUCAUACGCAAGCUCAUAAUGGGAGAGUCCCUGAAGGUUAGAGGAAGGAAGGACAGUAAGCUGGAGGUGGUGUUGCUGUUGUUUACCGAUGUGCUUCUGCUGACCAAAACUCAGAAGAAAUCAGAGAAGCAGAAGGUUGUGCACCCCCCACUCUCCCUGGAGAGAAUACACUGUGCAGAACUCAAGGAUGGCUACUCUUUUGUCUUGUUGGAGGUGAGUGAUCUAGGCUGUCCUGUCAGUGUGUACAGUGUUUCGACUCCCAGCCCAGAUAGCUGUGCAUCAUGGAUCACUACUAUCCACCAAGCGCAGGAAGCUUUGCAGUCUCUAAGAAAAAAGGAGACAAUCAAACUUGAGGAGCCCAGUGAUCAGAGUCUAGAAGAUCCAUUUCCUCUUGCCAGUACACCGAACAUCAAAGAAACAGAGGAACAGUCAGACUAUAAACAUCCUUUUGCUUCUCUCAAGUUUACAACUGUACAGUUAGAGAGAGAAGAACUGAGUUUGCAAAACCAACAUAUACGUGCACAUUUUAUGAGCAAACAAAUGCAAAAAAGAGACAAAGAAUUUAAUAAUGAACACAACAUGACACAAGAAACUGAGGGGAGAAAGGGCAGUAGAAAUGGGCAUUGUGAAGACAGUGAUACUUUGUAUGGUCCUACAAUAGAAAGACGGGUAACAUGGAAUCACAAACUGCAAUCACAUAAAAAAUCCAAUGCCUUUCCACAACAAGACUCAUUAGAGACCAACAAGUCCAAUGGUUCACAUCAUUUGUUAGUCAGUGGAUUAAGGGAAAACCGUGCCAAAAAUAGCCAGUCACCAUCUGGCCAGCUUUUAUUACCAAGUAAAUUUGUGCCUGUUGAGUCUGCAAUCAGUGUCUCACAGCCACAAUCACAGAAACCAGAUUUGCGGCAGGAUUCUUGGUCCCGCCAAUCAGGUGAUGAAAACGAGUCUCUCUCAGAAUCACAGACAUUCACAAGAAUAUUAAAGUCACCGAGGUUACGAAGGAAACGUCCCAUGAAUUCUCAGCCAUUUGCUCCAGUCCAGGGCUCAAGGAGAAUGUCAGCUGAGGCGGAAUCAUCAACGUCGUUUCCCAACAGGAAUUCAAACUCUGUCUCAGAUUCUGAUGAGAACCAUAAUGUUCGCAGACCUUCCAAUACAUCCUCGAAAUCCCAGGACCACCUGGUGCUGAACUUGGCCUCUAUCAAGCAGAACCAAGUUGUGUUCUGGAAUGUUCCUUCUGAGAGGUUAUCCGAGUCAGGGUCUGAACUGCCAAAAGAGAGACACAAUCGGAAUUCUCAAACAUUACCCAAUGGUAGAGCCCAGAGGAGUGAAUCCUUGCCUGAGCUACCCUCCUCCACUCUGCAGGGUAUUCUGAAUAGGGCCAAGGAGCGGGAGAGGGGGCGUGGAAUAGCAAAUAGAGAGGGGAAGCAUUUAGAAAAGACUUCCCUUCAAAGUUCCAACACUGUCUGCACUACUCCAUCACCAUCACCCAGUGAAGGAGAGAAAGAGACAGGAGCAGAGGACCGAGAGACGUUCAGAUCAAGAAAGUACUACUCUCAUACAGGGAUGGAAACCAUUAGCAACAAUGACAGAAAAAACAGACCAGUCACUCCGCUGGGUGUAAAUGUGGACUGGCCAGGCUGGUGCUUCGAUGAUGAGGAUGUGCUGGAGUUCACUGGGCAUAACGAUGAAACAGACUGGUUUGAACAGACCCUGACUACGGCAGAGCUCCAGAAAACACCCAGGCAUAGUGAUGCAGAUUACAGUGAGGUGUAAAGCCACAAGCAUUUUGUUCUUUUGUAAAUGUGAUGAGAGAAACUGCUACAAGCUGUAUCUUUGUGAUCUGCACCAUAGUGUGUAGUAAAGUGUAGUAUAGACUUUCUUCUACAGUGUCUAUAGAAAGUGUGUGAGCCUUUUACAAUUUUCUGUAUUUCUGCAUAAACUUGACCUAAAAUUUGAUCAGAUUUUCAUCUGAGUCCUGAAGCUAGAUAAAAAUAACCCAUUUAAAUAAAUGAUGCAAAAACAUUAUAGUUUUUACAUUUAGGUAUUUAGCAAAAUUAUAAAAUAUUAAAUAUCAUUGUCAGAAAAGGUAUGUGAACCUUUUGCAUUCAGUAAAUGGUGUGACCCCCUUGAGCAGCAGUAACUUCAAACAGUUGGAGGAAUUUUGGCCCAUUGCUCUUUACAAAACUGCUUCAAUGUUGUUGGGCUUCCUUGUAUGAACUGCUCUUUUUGGGUCCUUCCACAACAUUUUUAUUGGGUUAGAACUAGAAUGUUUUUGCAUCAUUUGUUUAAUUGGGCUCUCUUUCCCUUGCUUUAGGAAGCUCGGAUCACAUUUCAGGUCAAACUUAUGCAAAAAUACAGAAAAUUAUAAAGGGUUCAAAAACUUUGUAGUGGCACUGUCAAUACAAAAGUUUGCAUAGGACAAAAUGAGCAAGAAUUUGAUGUCUUCUAACAAUACAUCUAUUUUGUUAGGUUUCACAGAUGUUCAUUCGUUAUAACAAGUUUAAAAAAAAAAAAGGCCAAGGAGCAUAUGUUAUUAAAUAAAACCAUAAUGAACUUUCCUUUACUUUUACACUAUCCGUUGUCACCCAGAUGAGGAUGGUUUUUCCUUGCCACCAUCACCACCGGCUUACUCAACAGGGAUUAAUCCACUCACUUAAAAUCUGUAUCCUGUGUUUAUAUGUUUCUGUAAAGCUCCUUUGAGACAAUGACCAUUGUAAAAAGUGCUAUACAAAUAAAAUUGAACUCAAUUGAAAUAACAUUGGAGCAGUGGAGGCAAAAAUACAUGACAUGGUGCAGUUUUAAUUGUACAAAAUUUAAUUUCCAGGCAAUGAGCCCACUCCUCAGACUCUUACCCUUUUCAGUGCUCAGAUUAGACUACACAGCUUCAUUUUAUAGGCUAUGCUAUAGCCCCGCAUCGAGCCUUACCAAAUGCAUACUAAAAUAAUUUAGUCAAACAAGGUUCGGUAUAUUAAACCAAUAUGACUAGUCAAAUUACCACUUCUAAUGGUAAUUUCCACUAUCAUUCAUACAUUUGACAAAUGGAUUUGUCCAUUUGCUACAGGUUGUUUCAAUAAUAUCACUAUAUAUCAUACUUCAAUGCAGCUUCCAUGUAACUACAAUUUUAUGUUUUUAUACAAUUAACCACACACUUAGACAUGAGCCUAAUGUUUUACACAUGUUGUAACACAUGUUGUAAUAUGCUGUAUUAUUGUGAUGGAUACAGCAGCAAAAUGUGUACAGAUGCACAUAUUCUUACCUAAGUGGCUUUGCACUCAAGAUGGAUUCUAAAGAAUAUGAUGUAACUAUUGCUGGCAAAAAUAAUUUCAGUGGAAAACUAUAAAGCUGGUUUCUUGUUUUGACUUUGAUUCUAAUAUUUUCUUAUAACUUGCCCACCUUUUGCCUUUAACUGUCUCCAACUUUUUUGCCCCACCCACUCAUUUUCCUCCACCCAGUUUUGUUCUAACUCUGUUAGACUGCUUGGUCAGACGUUACCCAUUCUUCUAGAAAUGUUAUAACUGUCAUAUUUUAUGCACCGCUUUCUUCAAAUCAGGUUUGAAGGUUUUGCAAACUGUUUUUCUGUUAGAUUUAUCUUAUUUCUCGUGGCUGGAUACACCACCUCAUUUUUAACGCUUUUGUAGAUAAAUCCAGUAAUCAUGUGAUGGAAAUCUUUGCACUUGUGCAUGUUAUAUGAUGUAACUUAUGUUAAUAUGUAAAAAUGUAUAGAGUCUGGAGUAAUAUAGUGUGAAUAGAGCAGACAAAAACAUCAGUGGAUAAGACUUUACAGUCACAGUUCUGUCACUGAUUAUCUCAGUGAUCUUAAUAGAAAUUUAUUCAUAAUAUAUUUUUGCCAGGGGAGUCUUUUUUUUUUUUUUUUGAAGAAAAUGUUUGUGGGUUUUUUGUUUUGUUAUUUUUAAGACACCGCAAUGUAUAUGGCAUAUACAGUAAAAAGAAAUAAUGGAUAAUAUAAUAAAGGACAGAUGCAUAAUAAUACAU